GUCACACUCGCCUGUUAGCUAGUCGGCUAAUGUUAGCUUAAAUCUACCUAUAACUAAGCAACGUUCUUUUGAGUGCUUAUUAUUAUUUAAAUAUGUUGUCAGUAAAUAACCUUGAAUUUUUUUUUUCACGAAUAACGUAGUAUUUACAUGAAUCAACAUAUUCUGGUCUAAAAAUACGCACUCACCAAACUAGUAGUGCUGCAGAAGCUAAUGUUAGCUAACCCCGACAGCUGCCAGGUCCUGUUCUGUAACACUAGCUAGCUGGCUGCUGGUCUGGGAACACUUACAUCAGAAAAAUGGCUGAGGCAGUUGCAAAAGUGGCCCGAAGGAUUAAUGAAACAGUUGAGGAGGGCACAAAUAGUCUGGAUCUGUCCAGCUGUCAGCUGAUCUCUUUCCCAGACGGUGUGUUCAAGGUCCUGAGGACAGUCUCAGAGAACAUUCACGUUAUCACAUUGGCUGACAAUGAAAUGAAGGUCAUUUCUAGCAAGUUCUUUUCAACCUUUACUCAACUCAAAGAACUUGACCUGCAAGGCAAUGUCCUCACCAAACUACCCGACAACGUGGGGGAGAUGAAGUGUUUAACCAGCAUCAGUCUGGCUAAUAACAACUUCUCCAUCUUCCCUGAUAAGCUUACUGAAAUAGCCACAUUGGAGAAGAUUGACCUUGAGGGAAAUAACAUCACUGAAAUACCUUUGGAGAAGUUGUCAGUUAUGCCGGCGCUAAAGUGGCUCAACAUGAAAUCAAACCCGUUGGAUUCUAAUACUCGGUCUGCUCUAAAAUCUCCCCAUAAGUUUGACGUUUUGUCAACAACGGAGUCCUAAAAUAUGUCAUUACACAGUCUAUAGACUGCAUGCUGUGUGCCUUUAGGGUGGAUGCUCUCAAGUGCCUGAGAGAUGACAUAAAAAUACUUGAUGCUGUACAAGAAAGGAAAACAGAGCUCUGUAAAGAUGAGUUUCCUGCUGCUGCUUCUACUUUUUGGGGGAUGAAAUCUCUCAUUCUUGAAAACAAUUAGACUUUUGAAUAUCUAAAACUGUGUAUUUUAAUAGCUUAUUUAUGACUUUUGAUAGUAUGAAAAUAAACAUGACAUUCUAAAAGCAAUGUUCAUCAUUAUUG